AUGUCGGAGGUCGACGAUGGAGUCAUCUCCGUGUGCAACGUAUUCGACGCCGAAGCUAAGCUCGAGGCUCUCGAACAGAACUGGAGUCAAAUUCGAGAGACCUACGACAAGGUACUCGGCAGCAAGGAUCUCAACGCCGAAUUGCCGUACUUCAAAGAGUACGUCUUCACCACCACGACUGCGCUAUACGCCAAGGUGAAAGGCGCCCUCAAAGCUCGAAUCAACGAGCUUGAGCCUCGCCGGCUCCACAACUCAACGCUAAACGUAUCGGCUACAGAGCCCACAGCGGUUCGUCCGCAGCUACCGGUCAUCAAACCGCCACACUUCCACGGCGACAUCCUUCAAUGGACUUCCUUUAAGACAAAGUUCACCUCCGUAAUGACCAAAGCGGGCGCGGACAAUGUGGAGAAAAUGCACUUCCUCCUCCAGAGCGUCCACGGCCCAGCAGCGACUCUCAUCGAGAACGUCGACAUCACCGACGGCUCAUUUGAGACCGCAUGGAACGCUCUACUCGCUCGCUAUGAGAACAAACGUGUUCUCAUCACCUCUCAGCUCAACAAGUUCUUCGGCAUGCCCAAGAUGACCUCCAGAUCUGCCAAGGAAGUCAACAGCAUCCUGAACACUACCACCGAGGUGUUGAGCUCACUAAAAACUCUUGGAUCGCCAACAGAUCAAUGGGAUCAACUAGUGGUGCAUUUCAUCUCACAGCGUCUCGAUUCCAAGACACGUGAGGACUGGGAAUUGGCGCUUGGAGCGUCGACCAACUACCCAGCCUUCGAACGCUUGAAGAACUUUCUCCAGGGGCGCGCCAGAGCGCUCGAGUCCAUGGAAGGACGGACUCCAGUCACUCCAAGAGACUCCAAACCUGAGAAGAAGAAGGUUACUGUUUACAAAACGUCGCCUGUAAACGUUCGCACGGCGAGCGUUAACACACGGGCUCCUGCAAUGCUGUCCAAUACUCAAUCUACCGCAAAGCCCUCUCCUGGCAACACGUCGAGACCUCAGAGUCCAUGUUCCUGCUGCGCAGAGAGCCACUUGAUCGCGAACUGUCCAAAGCUCCACGACAUGGCGCCGGAGGAACGUUACAAAAUGGCGACAGUCCAAGAGACUCUGCCUCAACUGCCUGGGAACACAUCAGCAACUGCGCCACGAACUACGGUGCUACUCGCUACGGCGCGUGCUCUUCUCAUCACUCCAACACGCAUCACGCAUCCAGUACGAUUGCUCAUCGAUCCUGGACCAGAGCUUACGCUCAUCUCUCAUCAAUUAACCCGCACGCUCAACUUACACGCAAACAACGUCCACGUACCCAUCAUCGGAGUGGGCAGCGUGCCUUCCGGACACACCCGGGGCGCUGUCAACUUUACGCUACGCUCAAUUCACAGCAACGAAGCCGCCGAGCUUCAAGCUCAUGUUCUGCCGAAGCUCACGAUCAACAUACUCAUUGGCGCCGACUCCUACGGCUCGAUCUUAAAACCCGGAGUAAGAUCCGGCACGGCUGAACAGCCAAUCGCCAUCCACACGAUAUUUGGGUGGGCGAUACUUGGACCUAUAAACGAUCCAUCUCACGCUACGCACGCCCAUCAAGGGCACCUCAUCACUAACGAACAUCUCCACAAUCUAAUCUCUAGGUUCUGGGAACUUGAACAAGCUCCACCUUCACAGGCUGAGACUCUAACCUCUGACGAGGUAACCUGUGAAGCCCACUUCCUCUCUACGAAUUCACGCGACAGCCAAGGUCGCUACAGCGUGCGCCUGCCAUUCAAGGUGGACCCCACGACGCUCGGGAACUCCAAGGGCAUCGCACAAAAAUCGCUCGAGCGCCUCCUCAAGCGCCUAGCCAAUCAACCAGAGCUCUGCAAGCUCUACAAGGAUUUCCUCGCCGAGUACGAGGGAAUGGGACACAUGAUUGAGGUUGAGGACCACGAUCCGUCUCCCCAGGGCUAUUAUCUACCUCACCACGGCGUUCUCAGGAACGGCAAGAUCCGAGUCGUCUUCAACGGGUCGUGCAAGACGACCUCAGGUCACUCACUCAACGACAUACUCCAUACAGGAGCCAAAACGCAGAAUGACAUCUUCGACGUACUACUAUACGUCAGAAAAUACCGUCUCUUAUUCAUCACCGACAUCGUAAAAAUGUUUCGGCAGAUUCGCGUACAUCCCGAGGACCGGAAGUUUCAACGCAUACUAUGGGUCGAGGCUGACGAUCAACUCAAGACAUACGAGCUGGCUACUGUCACGUAUGGCGAGACGCCAGCUCCAUUCCUCUCCGGCCGCGCCGUCCAACAACUCGUCUUUGACGAGGGUGAACAGUUCCCGCUCACUAUCGAACCCUUGAGAGAGGGAAGCUACGUGGACGACAUCAGUGGCGGCGCAGACGAUCUUCAUACCCUCAACGCAAUCGCUACACAGGUCGAAGGCCUGUGCCUCAAAGGAUGCUUUCCAUUAUCAAAGUGGAAAUCGAAUCAUCCCGACUUCAUCAAAACCAAAUCCGAGUCUCCGUCCAGCACCGAGUCUCACGAGUUCCACGAAUCCACCACCAAGAUUCUAGGACUCGCCUGGCAAUGCGCACCUGACGUCCUCAGGUUCACUGGCCACACGCAACCCGGAGCAGCGAUCACCAAACGCACUAUCCUCUCCGAAACAGCUCAACUCUUCGAUCCACUAGGACUGAUUUCUCCAGUCAUCGUCCGAGCCAAGAUCUUGAUGCAAGAUCUAUGGUCACUCCAAGUCGGAUGGGACGACAAACUCAUGCCUCAGAUGAUUCACCGCUGGACGACGUUCAGGGCGGAACUGUCUGAACUCUCGAGCCUAGCAAUCCCUCGCUGGCUCCACACUACUUCUGACACUACGAUGACCGAGCUGCAUGGCUUCUCCGACGCAUCACAGUCAGCCAUGGCGGCAGUGGUCUACAUCAAGGUCAAACACCCGCAUCAGGCAGCUGAAGUAACUCUGGUGUGCUCCAAAACACGAGUCGCGCCACUCCAGCGCCUCACGAUCCCCAGACUCGAAUUAUCUGCCGCCCUACUGAUUGUAAAACUCGUCACGCGCGUUCAGGAGGUACUCAAGCUCUCAGAGGCCCCUGUCACGCUAUGGACUGACUCAGCGGUAUCUCUAGCAUGGAUCAACAGCGACCCAGUGCGAUGGAAGGAGUUCGUCAGGAACCGAGUCCAAGAGAUGCACCGCACAGCUCCAAACGCAACCUGGAAAUUUAUUCCCGGUAAACAGAAUCCAGCUGACUGCGCCUUACGAGGCGUAACGCCACCUCAACUCAUCACACACAAGCUCUGGUGGUCUGGACCAGACUGGCUAGCUAGAAGUCCGCGACAAUGGCCCUCCUUCGCCUCUACGGACGCCAACGCCGCCACCUCGGAACUCAGCCCCAGUGCUGUACACACCGCAUCCACCACGCCAAACUUACCAUUUGCGAGAUUGCUCAGAUACAGCUCUCUCACGAAAGUUCUACGCAGAACUGCGACUGUCUUUCGAGCAGUCGCCAGGCUCAGGAGAGUGCCGGACUCCAACCUCAGGACAUCGCCGCUCACUCCAGCCGACUUGCAAACCGCUCUCAUGUUUUGGAUACAAGCAUUCCAGCAAGCUUACUUCGCCGGCGAAAUAACUGCCAUCUCUCAAGGCAAGCCGCUCGCUAAGUCACAUCCUUUCACCAGACUUACUGCGCGCCUGGACCCGACCGGCCUACUGCGCGUAGGCGGACGGCUGCAAAACUCACAACUGGAUGAGGACGCCAAGCAUCCACCAAUCUUGCCCAGAUUAUGCCACUUAUCAGCACUCAUCAUCUCAGACGCCCACGCCCGCACGCUGCACGGCGACACCCAACUGACGCUUAACUACAUCAGGAAGCGUUGUUGGAUACUCGGCGGUCGUGCUCCAAUCAAGGCAUUCAUCCAUCGCUGCGUCACGUGCACCCGGAUACGCGACGCACGCGUACAGCAACUCAUGGGCCAGCUACCUGCAAAACGUGUGACACCAUCUUUGGUGUUUGAACACACGGGCGUCGACUACGCUGGGCCCAUCUCACUCAAAUUCUACCAAGGACGCGGCACUCGCACCUACAAAGCCUGCCCACACGGCACGAAAUAUGUCAGAAAUAUUUCCGAAAUGUUACAACAUUUCAGAUUCAUUACAUAA